AUGUCCGAGGCCCCUAGCAGCUCCCUGACCAUCCACGUGUUGAACACUCUGAUGAGCCAGCCCGCAACAGGCCUGGCCACGCACCUGUCCCAGCUCGAAGGCCCCAGGCUGCAGUGGAUGGAGCUGAUGAAGAGGCUGGACUUCGACACUGGGGCUUACUGGCAGCAGCUGGGCUACACUAGCUUCUACCCCUAUGUGGAGGCUGUCUUCAUGGUCACAGAGCAAACCCGCCAGCUGCACAUCCCUCUGCUGAUCAGCCCCUUCUCCUAUACCACUUACAAGGGGAGCAAGAGCACAAGGGAGAGCAAGUCGGCACCCGCAGCCGGCCUGGCCAUGGCUCCAGAGAUGGGCUGGAGGAAGUGACAUGAGAGGGGUUUGGGGGAGGGGGUUUACACUAUUAAAGGGUUCUCUCAACAGCACUUGCCUUAGCCUGAUGCACUCAGCUGCUCGUUAGUGAGCUCUGCGGAUCCGAGUGGUAAAGCAGGCAAGGAGAUGGAUAGCUCAGCUCCAGGAAGGGCAGCAUGGCUCUGCUGCUCAGGGGCCCAGUUCUCCCUGCUGUGAGCGCAGUCUCUCCAGAGCCAGCAGGGCUCAUCGCUCUUCCCGAGUCAGAGAGCUGUGCAGACAGAGGAGACCCAGGGCAGGAGAGGGUCUAGCUCAGAGGCCUAUGGGUGCAGAGCUGGCUGGGAACAGGCUGCAUAUGGAUGCCAUGGGUGUGGUCUGGAGUGGCGACACUCCCCUGCUUACGGUGCUGUGCUACCCAGGGGCCAGCUACCAGCUGGCUGGCUGGCACGUUCUCUAGGCA